AUGUUGCGCCACGCAUUUUGCACACGACCAGCUGGCUGGGCCUUGUCGCAUCGCACACAAUUGCGAUGCAUAUCGCGGCGAGGAUAUGCUGCAACGACAGGCUCGGACGACCCGCAAUGGUUCCAGGAGCUGCGCACUCAAAUGCUGCAGCGGGGCGCGACCCAUUUGCCUGAGCAUUUGACCGCUCCGCCCGAAUACAAACUCUCGCAGACACUGACUGGUUUCUUACCCCGAGAGUUCUGUCAUGCGCUGGGCAGGCGAAAUCUAAUAAUUCCUUUUGGCCACCAUUUGAUAUGGUUCAAUCCAUCGCUGCCCACCCACGACCUACUUCCGGAUGGAACAGACGCAUCCCAUUCACCAGGCGGUCCUUGGGUGCGGCGCAUGUGGGCAGGAGGCUCAGUCCAUGCAAAGCCAAGGGACUAUUUUGAUACGUUUCGGGGCUUCGCCGCAGGCACGCCCAUGGCUGGUAUCGAGCAUAUCAAGCAUGUCCGACUGCACGGGCAGGACGAUACCGCCAAGAUCUUCGUCACCAUUGAGCGCCGCUUUGCGAGGCUAGACGCCCUACAGGAAAGCUACAGAGCGCUCCACGGGUCGUUGGGCAGAGCUACUGGGUUGCGAAAGAUUCAAAGCUACUUGGAGGACCAACUACGCAGUACCGACGACUGGGGCAAUGCCAUUCUCAAAGAAGAGCGCAACCUGGUCUUCUUCAAGGAACGCAGUGUUGCAGAAAUCGACGCUAUCAAGGCGGGCCAGAUGGCCUCUAUCAAAUAUCUAGAUCCUCCUGGUGAUCCUCUCUUCUCCCAUACCCUCACUCCCAAUCGUGCCCUUCUUUUCCGUUUCUCUGCUCUCACUUUCAAUGCUCAUCUCAUUCACCUCGAUCCCGACUAUGCUCGUAAUGUUGAAGGCCACCGCAACCUCCUGGUCCAUGGGCCCCUCUCCCUGACACUGAUGCUGCAACUCAUGAACAAUCAUCUGGAAACGCAUACCAAGGGAGCACAGGUCGUGGAGUCUAUUGAAUAUCGUAAUCUUGCGCCAUUGUAUUGUGACGAGGAAAUGCGCAUCUGCGGGCUGGAGAAGAAGACACUGCAAAAUGGAAGCAUAUAUGACUUGUGGAUCGAAGGCCCAACGGGUGGCGUUGCUGUAAAAGGUACCGUCUACACGACAGUUCGGACACCUACUUCAGCUCCUACGCCUACAAACGUAUCCCGCGGGACCCCAGGAUCGAUAGAGUCACGACAUGGUAACCGCACUAGUGGUAUGCGAGCGAGAUUGAACAACAAAAAUGACGGAGGAAAGCCUGUUUUCCGGCGGCUGGAUUUAAGCGCUGAAAAGGAGACACGAACCGAAAACGGCCAAGCAACUGGAUCAGCAACAAUCCCGAGUCUCAGUGCAAUUUCAGUGUCUGAACCCUCAGCUCAGUCCGAAGGUGAGAAAGCAUUUAAAUCUCUCUCUAAUGAUACAACUUCUCAACCACCCUUCAGAGAAGUGACUGCAUCUUUGAUGCCCAUACCUGGCCGAGUAUCGCGUCGUAGGUCUACUCGCCUCAGAAGCCAUCAAUUCAUCUCCCUUCCUACCAAAGUCGCACCACCCAUUCGCCCUAUCCAACCUUAUAUUCCGGCACAGCCAGUUAUUUCAAGACAAACCAAACAGCUUUUGCGCCGUCUCUUCCGCGAGAUCACGCCUUCUGUUCGCAUGAGACCAUUACCGCUUGCCCGCAAGUAUGCUGCAUCACCGUAUACAGGUGAAUCCUGGAGGGACUUGAGAGGGAACCGAUUUUUAAGAGAAGGCAUAAGGAGGAUCGAGAGACCAAGGAUAAGGUAUGAGGGAGAGCAUCUGGCUCGUUGGCGCUGGAGACGACGGUUGAUGGAUCAUCACUAA